UAGCACCGCUCAACUUAAACACUUGCUCGAGAUCGCAGUAAACGUCAGCGCGCUCAGUGAUGGCGCACGCAGAAGUUCGGUCGACGGCUUUCAGCCUCGCGUUCCCCGAGAGAAAACGCAGUAGGUGGCCGUUGUUCUCGCGAGGGAGAACGGCGACAGGUCAGCCUGCGGAUAUAGCGGGGCCAACAGAGGAGGAUCCCGAGUUUAAGCUUCCGAAGCGCGUCAGCCUCGUCAUUGUUCUCCUCACCAGCGGAUUAUUACAAAUAUCAUUCUUCAUAGUCGUCAGUUCAUCCAAUGCGUACUCGCAGCAUCUGGGUGGGACGUCUACGUUCUCUGGUCUGGUUAUCGGUAUCCCAACAGUGUUCUCCGGUAUCGCGCUUAUGCCAUUACUCAAGUUUGACAAAGGUGGCUACCGCAUCCCUCUGCAUUUUGCGUGUGCGUCUGCACUUCUGGGCCACGUACUCUAUGCACUGGCCUACCCCGCCAACUUCUUGUACCUGAUCCUCAUUGGCCGUAUCGUGUCUGGAUUCGGCUUCACAUAUUGGAUGUUUUCGAAGCGGUACUGCUCGGACCACCGCAUUGUCGGCAUCAGGCGCAGGACGACACUGGCGGGCUGGCUCGUUCUGGGACAGGGUAUAGGUUUCAGCCUUGGGCCAUUUCUCGGCGGUUUGCUCUACAAGGUCGGGUUCAGGAACAGCGUGUUCAAUGGGUUCACCAGCCCCGCCUGGAUGAUGGCGGCUAUUUGGGCCGCCUGGUGGGUCUUUGCAGCAAUGAACUUCGAGGAUGUCCCGCGUACAGCCCCGUCUCCCACGCCUACGUCCACCGGAGCAGCUGAAGAGAUCGAGCUCAUGACGACCACGGUCCCUCAGAAUACUCCCGCACCGGAAACCCCGGGGCCAUCCAAGUCCCGCGAAAAAUUCAGGGCCGAGGGCGACCCACAAGUGACAGAAGCCGCUAUUCCCACCAAUGUGGAGAGCAAUCCCGAGUCCCUCGACAGCUCAACUCGGCAUACGAGAAUGUCUGCCGCCCAGUUUGGUGUCAUAGCGACCAUGUGCUGGUUCGCCAUGACCUGUUUCUUCAUUCUCGGUGCUUGGGAGUCCAACAUCCCCGUGUUCACCGCUCCGAUUGCCCACUUCGCCUACGGCCCGCACGCGUUCAACUUCUCGCCGUACGCCGCAGGUAACCUCAUCGCGCUGGGCGGAGCAUGCACAUUCCCGUUCCUGCUCGCGAACGUCUUCCUUGCCCGGCGGCUGCAGGACCGGCUGACACUGCUGGCAGGCACGUCGCUUGGGGUGCUGGGCCUGCUGGUGUUGCUCGGCACGCUGGCCGGAGUGAGCGUGACGCGGGUCGGGCUCUUCUUCGCGUGGUUCUUUGUUGCGCUGGGCUUCAACCUGUCGAGCACUGUCACGCUCUCGCUGUUGUCAAAGCAGGUUCCUGCUCACUGGAACACUCGGAUCAGUGUCGCCAUACAAUGCAGUAACUACACCGGGCGGGUGUGCGGUGCAGUCUGGGGUGGGGCGGGAGUUGCUGUGGGGAUGAAGACGUAUGUCGGACUCGAGCUCAUUAUUGUCGGUAUCGGGAUCAUCAUGUUCAGCUGCCUUUGGCGACAGCUGAAAGCUAAGACGGGUUGAAUUGCAAUUGUCUACAUUGUGGCGGCAUGUAGAGUACACAUAGAUAUUCGGGGUAGAAGACUAGAAGUACUACUAGAUGUGCUGACGCU